UUUCCCAUGUGCUACUAAUAAGAUUGCUCGAUUCUACUUUUAUGAACUUCCAUUCCUUCUUCCUAUAUUCUUCUCUUCUCUUUCUUUCUUUCUUCUCAUCAGUUUUGGUUUUCAGUUUGAUGGGUCUCUUGAAUUCUUGUGACUGAGUCUUUGAAGGGAUAACAGAGAAAGAAGAACCAGACAAUAGGAAAUUGGAUUUACACUAUGGAAGAAGAUGGCAUAUACACACAAGACGGGACCAUUACCAUCUCCAGAAAACCUGCCAACAAGAAAAAGACUGGAAAUUGGAAAGCUUGCUAUUUUAUUCUUGGAAAUGAAUGUUGUGAGAGAUUAGCAUACUAUGGUAUGAGUACAAACCUGGUGAACUAUCUUCAGGAACGUUUCAACCAGGGAAAUGUAACCGCUGCAAAUAAUGUCACAACCUGGUCUGGCACGUGCUACAUCACACCACUGAUUGGAGCCUUUCUAGCCGAUUCGUACCUAGGAAGAUAUUGGACAAUUGCCUCUUUCUCAGUUAUCUAUGCCAUUGGGAUGACACUUUUAACACUGUCUGCUUCUGCCCCUGGAAUAAAGCCAUCAUGUGAUGCUAAUGGCUGCAAUCCAACAUCAGCCCAAACUUCAGCUUGCUUCAUAGCACUCUACCUGAUUGCUCUUGGAACUGGUGGCAUCAAACCAUGUGUCUCAGCUUUUGGUGCAGACCAAUUUGAUGACUCCGACAAGAAAGAGGCAAUAAGGAAGAGCUCUUUCUUCAACUGGUUUUACUUCUCUAUCAAUAUCGGUGCACUUGUUGCUUCUUCGGUAUUAGUUUGGAUACAAAUGAAUAUUGGAUGGGGAUGGGGUUUUGGAGCUCCUGCUGUUGCAAUGAUCAUUGCAGUCAUAUUUUUCUUUAGUGGUAGUAGACUCUACAGACUUCAAAUACCUGGAGGCAGUCCCCUUACAAGGAUUUGUCAAGUCAUAGUUGCAGUCUUAAGGAAAAUUAACAUUCAAGUGCCAGAUGAUAAGUCUCUUCUUCAUGAGACAGUAGAUGUAGAAUCUGUCAUCAAAGGUAGCCGCAAGCUUGAUCACACAAACCGCUUCAAGUGUUUGGAUAAGGCAGCGGUAGAAACCCAAUCUGACAUUAGCAGAGGUUUGCCAAAUCCUUGGAGGCUUUGCACUGUGACACAAGUUGAGGAACUAAAAUCAGUGAUCUCUUUACUCCCAGUUUGGGCAUCAUUGAUUGCCUUUGCAGCUGUCUAUGGACAAAUGAGCACCAUGUUCGUUCUACAAGGCAACACAAUGGACCAGCACGUUGGCCCUCACUUCAGAAUCCCAUCUGCAUCCCUCACCAUUUUUGACACACUAAGUGUCAUUUUCUGGGUUCCUUUGUACGACCGCAUCAUUGUUCCAUAUGCAAGAAGGUUCACUGGCCACAAACAAGGGUUCACACAACUUCAAAGAAUGGGAAUUGGCCUUGUCAUCUCCACCAUAGCCAUGGUUGUUUCUGGCAUUCUGGAAGUUGUUCGCCUUGACAUUAUCAGGAAGAACAACUACUAUGAUGUUAAGACCAUCCCCUUGUCAAUCUUCUGGCAAGUGCCACAGUAUUUUAUUGUUGGAUGUGCUGAGGUUUUCACCAACAUUGGUUCCUUAGAGUUCUUCUAUGGUGAGGCACCAGAUGCCAUGAGAAGCUUUGGUAUGGCUCUCUUUCUUACAACUAAUGCCGUGGGAAAUUAUGCCAGCACACUGCUUCUCACCAUUGUUACUAAGAUUACCACAAGACAUGGAAGUCUUGGUUGGAUCCCUGACAAUCUAAAUAGAGGCCAUCUUGAUUACUUUUACUGGCUUUUGACCACUCUCAGCUUUCUCAAUUUUCUUGUGUUCCUUUGGAUUGCAAAGAGGUACAGAUACAAGAAUGUGGCUGCAAAAUAGCUUCAGGUUUGAUAGCUCUAUUUGCUGCAGAUUGUUUAGUACUUUUUAUAUUGGAAUUGCAUAAAUUUCUUGAACAAUUAUUUGUAUACAUGCUAUUUUGAAUGUUUGGUAUGUUAAAAAUAGUUCUAUUA